AUUUGUGGGAAAGGAAGGAGAGGAGAGGGAAGGAGUAGCUGAUGAUGACAAAGCUUCUUUGUUAUUUGAGACGAAGGAAGCCCAAUGGAGAGGAGCUUAUAGGCUAUUUGCAUGCACCAUUUUUGCAGGGAUAUGUAUGAUAUGGUGGUACAGGAUAAGGAAGAUAUUGUUAUCUACAGAAGGAGGAGGAGGAGGAGGAUGGGUUAAUAUGGGGGUGAUGAUGUCGGAGAUGUGCUUUGGAGUGUUCUGGAUUUUCACCCAAUCUGUUCGUUGGACCCUCGUUCACCAUUCUCCCUUCAAACACAUCCUCUCCCGCAGAUACGAUGAAGAGAAGCUACCAGGAGUUGACAUUUUUGUGUGCACAGCAGAUCCAACGUUGGAGCCACCAAGCAUGGUGAUGAACACAGUGUUAUCAGCAAUGUCAUAUAAUUAUCCUUCCAGUAAGCUUAGCAUUUAUGUUUCUGAUGAUGGAGGCUCUGAGCUCACUUUCUAUGCUCUUCUGAGAGCUUCUCUUUUCUCCAAGCAUUGGAUUCCUUUCUGUAAAAGAUUCAACAUUCAAACCAGAUCUCCUCAGGCUUACUUUUCCUCUCACCAUUCUGGGGCCAUGCAUCAAAAUGACCAACAAUGGUCAUCUAUCAAGAAAUUAUACGAAGAUAUGAAAAGUGAGAUAGAAUCAGUGGUAGAAAAAGGCAAGAUUCCAAAUUCAAUGAGGAACCAACACAGAGGACUCUCAGAAUGGAAUUACAACACAACAAAGCAGAACCAUCAGCCUAUUGUGCAGAUUAUAAUUGAUGGAAGGGAUACAAAUGCUAUAGACGAUGAUGGAUUUCAAUUACCAACCCUAGUUUACAUGGCACGAGAGAAGCGACCCAACUUCCCUCACCACUUCAAAGCAGGAGCCAUGAAUGCACUCAUAAGAGUGUCUUUAGAGAUAAGCAAUGGACCUAUAAUUCUCAACUUGGACUGUGACAUGUACCCAAACAGUGCGGACACAAUACAAGAAGCAUUGUGUUUCUUCAUAGACGAGACGAGAGGCCACCAGAUAGCUUAUGUACAGUUUCCCCAAAGAUUCAACAAUAUCACCAAGAAUGACCUUUAUUCUAAUGCCUUUCUUGUUGGCCAGAAGAUUGAGCUUGCCGGCUUUUGUGGAAAUGGAGGAUCUUUAUAUUGUGGAACAGGGUGUUUUCACAGAAGAGAGAGCCUCUCAGGAAUGCACUUCAAAAAUUAUUACAAACCAAAAUGGGACACCAAACCGAAGACAGAAGACAAAAGAACAGCCGAUGAAUUAAUUGAAGUAUCAAAAGCUCUUGUCAGCUGUACCUACGAAGAUGGCACUCAGUGGGGCAAAGAGAUGGGAUUGGUAUAUGGGAUUCCUGUAGAAGACAUAGUCACAGGGCUUGCGAUCAUAUGCAGAGGGUGGAAAUCUAUUUACUAUAACCCCCCAGAAAGAAAUGCUUUCAUGGGAGUAGCUCCGACAACCUUUGACAUGCUUCUUGUUCAACAUAAGAGGUGGGGACAAGGGUUGUCUCAGAUCCUCUUCUCCAAGUAUUGUCCUUUCAUUCAUGGCCACAACAAGUUAAGCUUCGGUUUACAAAUGGCAUAUAGUGUCUACCUGCUAUGGGUCCCAUUGUCUCUUCCAACUCUCUGUUAUCUUAUUCUCCUUCCCAUUUCCACAUUUCGUGGCAUUCCAUUGUUCCCACAGCUUACAAGCCCCUGGAUCAUUCCAUUCCUAUACGCAUUUUUGGCAAAUUACGCCUACAGCUUCUUGGAGGCUCUAAGCUGCGGCAACACAGCCAAGGCAUGGUGGAACACACAACGGAUGACGUUGUUCCGAAGGACCACCUCAUAUCUCUUUGGCUUCAUCGACACCAUCUCCCUGAACCUCAAUCUCUCUCAAACAAAGUUUGAUGUCACAGACAAGGUUUUAUCACAAGACACCCUUGACUGCUAUGAACGAGAGGUCUUGUAUUUUGGAAGCUCAUCAGUCAUGUUCACCAUCAUGGCCACACUCGCAUUGCUCAACCUCUUCGGAGCAAUUUGGGGUAUUAAGAGGCUUCUUGUGGAUUCUUCAUGGAGCCAUUUAGGGUUACAGAUUGUGUUGUGCUUUUUGAUUAUGGUUCUGAAUAAACCAAUUUAUGAGGCUCUCUUUAUACGCACUGAUAGAGGAAGCUUACCAUCGAAGGUAUUGUUCAAGUCUAUUGUUUUGGCUUCCUUAGGAUGCACUCUAGCAUCUUUGAUAUGUUGACAUAUCUCUGGUUUUAAAUAUAAGAGCUGUAAACUAGUUUUUAUAUUUGUAACCAAAGAUAGCACGAAUAAAAAGUGUUAGAUAAUGUAUUGAAAUGUUUAAAUUAAUCUCUGCUGGUUGAAGAAUAGUUGAAGAAUGGGUGAUGAAUGUUUAAUAAUUUGCCAUAUUGAGAUUAAAUUAUUUUUGCUGCCACAAAA